UUUAGUUAUAGAAACAAUAGUUGCAAAACAACCUCAUGACUGUAGCUGAUCAAAGUCUUUUAUAUAUAUAUAUAGGGAAGAUAUUUGCGGUAAAAGAAAAACAGGUGUAUCUAGAAAUGGAAAUGGAGGGUGAAGGAGUAGGAGACAUGUCAAUAUUACCAGAAAGUUGUGUGGCAAACGUCCUAUCGUUUACCAGCCCACCGGACGCUUGCAGAUUGUCUUUGAUAUCUACUAUAUUCAAGAAAGCUGCUGAAUCCGACACCGUUUGGGAGAGAUUCUUACCUACGGAUUCUCAGGCAAUUGUCUUCCGAUCUUCUCAGUCUUCUCUGCUGAGGUCUCGGAUUUCCAAGAAACAGCUAUUUUUUAGCCUCUGCGAUAAUCCAAUCCUCAUCGAUGAUGGCAAAAUGAGCUUUGGAUUGGACAAAUGGAGUGGAAAGAAAUGUUAUAUGGUUGCUCCAAGGCUUCUCACAAUUGCUUGGGGCGAUUCUCCUCAAUAUUGGCAAUGGGUCUCUGAUCCCAACUCCAGAUCAAUCCACUCAUUCAUUGACAAUAAACAAAAAGUGGGAACCUCAAGUAGGAGCCUUUCCAAAUACAAGGGUUUGCAUGGUUGCAGAUUUGCAGAGGUGGCAGAGGUUAGUGCUGUGGGUUGGUUUGAUAUAAAAGGAAAAAUAAACAUUAGCAUGCUAUCGCCAGCAACGUUAUAUAAAGCUUAUCUUGUGUUCAAGUUAACAUCAAGAGUUUCUGGCUUUGAAAAUCGACCGAUAGAAGCUUUAGUUGGACUUGUUGGGAGCGAAAGCUGUAAGCGCACUGUUUAUUUGGACAAUCGAAAUGCAAGAAAUAGAAACGAUCACAAUCAUCCAAACAACAGAGGAGAUGGAUGGCUUGAAAUUGAAUUGGGUGAGUUCUUAAAUAAGGGAGAAGAUGAUUAUGGAGAGUUGGAAAUGGGUGUGUUAGAGGUGAAACGUCUUUAUUGGAAGGGUGGUCUCGUUGUUCAAGGGAUAGAGAUUAGGCCUAAGGAGGGUCAGUAAAUAAGCAAAGACUAAAUGUUCUGUGCAUUUGAAAAUUACCUACCUGCAGAUUCCAAUUCAUAAUGUUGAAUUUUAAUUAUCCUAUUUUAAAAAGGUCGCUUGUGAUAUGUGCAUGUAUGUGAGAUAUAUAUAUGGGUUAUUUUGAUAUGAAUACAUCAUGUCUAUAAAAAAGUUUUCAAUUUUAAA